AUGGAGAGGAUACCCGGUUUCUCCUCGGGAACGUCGCUAGUCUUCGUCCUGGCGUUCCUUCACCUCUCCCUGGCUCUUCAAUGCAUGGACGACAACGCACCGUGUAUCAACAACGCUACCUGUCAGACAUUUAGCAACGGUACCGAAUACUGCAGAUGCGCACCGGGCUUCCUCGGGGAAUACUGCCAAUACAAGGACCCCUGUUAUCCUAACUUCUGUCAGAACGAUGGGAACUGCUCCGUGGGCAUGCUAGUCAGCGUACCCACCUGCACCUGCCCUCUCGGCUUUAUCGGAGAGCACUGCCAGAUUCCACAGAACUCCACGUGCUACCCCAAAAACCCCUGCGCCAACCAAGGCAAAUGCACCUUGCUGUCCCUCGACAAAUACACUUGUAAAUGCGCCCGAGGAUGGACAGGACCACGUUGUGAGUAUGAAGACAGCUGCCUGUCAAGCCCCUGCGCCAAUGGUGGAUCGUGCCGCGCUCUGCCAGGUGGUACCUACAUCUGCUCAUGCCCACCUGGCUACACCGGUCCCCGCUGCCUCAAUGACACCAACGAAUGCAUAGCCGCGCCCUCAAAAUGUCAGAACGAAGGAGUGUGUGUCAACACCCCAGGCUCCUACAGGUGUCUGUGCAGUGCUGGGUUCACGGGUCGACACUGCGAGAGCUCUUACGUCCCCUGUUCGCCAUCACCUUGCCUAAACGGAGGCACUUGCCAUCAGAACUCUGAAACCAGCUACUCAUGCCACUGUCUUCCAGGAUUCAAUGGCACCAACUGCGAGAACAACAUCGACGACUGCCCAGGUCAUCAGUGCGAAAACGGUGGCACUUGUAUGGACGGCGUCAACACUUACAACUGUCAGUGUCCUCCAGAGUGGACUGGUCAGCACUGCACAGAAGACGUGGACGAAUGUCGUCUCCAGCCCAACACCUGCCAGAACGGCGGCACCUGCAACAACCUGGCCGGCGGCUACGUAUGCGUGUGCGUCAACGGCUGGAGCGGACCCGACUGCUCGGAAAAUAUCGACGACUGUACGACCGCAGCUUGUACACAAGGCUCGACUUGCAUUGAUAGGGUCGCCUCUUUCAUUUGCCGCUGCCCCCAUGGGAAAACAGGUUUACUUUGCCACAUUGAUGACGCCUGCAUUAGCAACCCAUGCAGGGAGGGCUCCCAGUGUGACACCAAUCCCAUCAGUGGCAUGUUCAACUGCAACUGUCCGCCAGGUUACGUCGGCAGCACCUGCAAUGUUGAUAGAAACGAAUGCAGCAUCGGAAGCAACCCCUGCGAGCAUGGCGGCCAAUGCGUAAACACAGACGGUUCCUUCACCUGCAAUUGCGUGAGAGGGUAUGCUGGACCACGUUGCGAACAAGAUGUCAAUGAGUGCGCGUCCAACCCCUGCCAGAAUGACGGCACUUGCUUGGAUCGCAUCGGCGACUACACGUGCAUCUGCAUGCCUGGAUUUGAGGGAACUCACUGCGAGAUCGACGAGAACGAGUGUCUCAGCUCACCCUGUCUGAACCAGGGAAAAUGUCUGGACCAGGUCAACCGCUUUGUCUGCGAGUGCCCAGCAGGCUUUAGUGGCGAAACAUGCCAGAUCGACAUCGAUGAAUGUUCGAGUACACCUUGUUUAAACGGAGCCAAGUGUAUCGACCGACCAAAUGGAUAUGACUGCGAAUGUGCUGAAGGCUUCACAGGUCUUCUUUGCGAAGAGAACAUAAACGAUUGCCAGCCGGAGCCGUGCCAUCACGGCGUGUGUAAGGACGGCAUCGCUACCUUCUCUUGCGAGUGCCAACCUGGAUAUGUGGGCUCCAUCUGCAACAUCCAAGUCCAGGAGUGCCACAGCAACCCUUGUCAGAACCGAGGACGCUGCAUUGACCUGGUCAAUGCCUACCAGUGUAACUGUCCACCUGGGACUGCGGGUGUGAACUGUGAAAUCAACGAAGAUGACUGUGCUAGCAACCCGUGCGAGUAUGGAGAGUGCCAGGAUGGUAUAAAUGAGUACAAGUGUGUGUGCUCUCCAGGAUACACAGGAAUCAAAUGCGACGUGGAUAUCAACGAAUGUAACUCCAAUCCCUGUAUGAGCGGAGGAACCUGCCUUGACAAAAUCAACGGGUUCCACUGCUUGUGCCCGCCCAGCACGCACGGGCCCCUGUGCCUCUCUGGCAUCGAUCACUGUGAGCAACAGCCUUGCAUUAAUGGAGAAUGUAUUGAACAGCAGCACGGUUACCAUUGUGAAUGCGAACCUGGCUGGGGAGGACAACACUGUGAGCAGGAAAAAGACGAGUGCCAGCCCAAUCCGUGCCAAAAUGGCGGCUCGUGCGUAGACCGACAUAACGGGUACACCUGUGAAUGCCAACUUGGAUUCCGAGGCGUCAACUGCGAGAAGAACAUCGACGAAUGUGCGUCCAAUCCUUGUCUUAACCAAGGCAUUUGUAUCGACAGGGUCAACAGUUACACGUGCCAGUGCAGUCUACCAUUCACAGGUAAACAUUGUCAGGACGAACUCGAUCCUUGUGCUUCUCACCCGUGUGAGAGGGGUGGAGUUUGUCAUCAGACAGCAGACUACAACUCCUACGUUUGCCGCUGUCCUCCCGAAUGGCAAGGGCCGCGUUGCACCGAGGACGUCAACGAGUGCAAAAAGAACCCUUGCCGAAACGGCGGUUAUUGCGUGAACAGCCCGGGCAGCUACAUGUGUAAAUGUCAGCCGGGAUACAGCGGACACAACUGUCAGACGGAUGUAGACGACUGCUCACCCAAUCCGUGCUUAAACGGCGGCUCUUGCGUGGACGACGUCGGCGGUUUCGCAUGCGAAUGCCGCCCCGGUUUCACCGGCGGGCGCUGUGAAACGGAGAUUGACGAGUGCGCCAGCCAACCCUGCUGGAACGGCGCCAGCUGCCGGGAUUACGUCAACAGCUUCGUGUGCGAGUGUCGUGCCGGCUUCGACGGAAUCCUGUGUGAACACAACAUCCAAGAGUGCACUGAAAGCUCUUGCCUGAAUAACGGGUCAUGCAUCGACGACAUUAACACCUUUUCGUGUCGCUGCCGUCCCGGCUUCUACGGCACCUUCUGCGAAUACGAACAAAACGAAUGCGACUCCCAACCUUGUAAAAAUGGCGGCACCUGCACGGACGGUUUGGGCACCUACAGAUGCACUUGUCCUGUGGGCUACAAUGGGCAAAACUGCCAGAACUUUGUCAACUUGUGCAGCCAAGUGCGCUGUCACAACGGCGGCUCCUGCUCUCAAACAGCCACCUCCUGGACUUGUCAUUGUCAAAUGGGAUGGACCGGACUUUACUGUGACGUCCCGAAUAUGUCUUGCGAGGACUUUGCUGCCAGAAAUGGUGUGAACGUGGACAACAUUUGUAAAAAUGCAGGGCGGUGCGUGAACAAGGGUAAUUCCCAUCAGUGUCAAUGCCAGCCCGGCUACACGGGCAGCUACUGUGAAGAUAUGGUGGAUGAGUGCCAGUCUAAUCCUUGUCGCAAUGGAGCCACAUGCAAGGACUACCAGGGGACAUAUGAAUGUGUCUGUAAACCAGGUUACCAGGGAGUGAACUGCGAGUAUGAUGUUGAUGAAUGCCACUCGAAGCCUUGUCUCUAUGGAGGAACGUGCUUCAAUCUCAUCAACCACUUCACCUGUGCUUGCCCACCUGGAACACAGGGGCUUCAGUGCGAAGUGAAUGUGGACGACUGCGCCCCCAAGCCUGGCUCAUGGGAACCCCGCUGUCUUAACGGCGGUCAGUGCGUGGACGGCAUAGGACGAUACACCUGCUCCUGCCCGCCGGGCUUCGUGGGAGAACACUGCGAGGGGGAUUUGAACGAAUGCCUGUCCGCCCCUUGCCACGCCGACGGCAGCUUGGACUGCGUGCAACUUGACAAUGACUAUCAGUGCCGCUGCCGCCUGGGAUACACAGGUCGUCAUUGUGAAUCCAUGGUGGAUUUGUGUCUGAAUAAGCCGUGUCAUAACAGUGGCGUGUGCUCCAUGAACAUGAGUUCAGUCCAUGGCUACACCUGCUCAUGUCUCCAUGGCUUCGCUGGAUUUAACUGCGGUGAUCUUGAUGGCUACAACUGCGCUAAGCUCCAAUGCACGAACGGCGGGACCUGCGUGGAGUCUCCGGUGGGUCAGCUGUACUGCCAGUGCCCACCUGGCUUUAGCGGGCCACACUGCGAAAAUAAGCAAUUGUGCCCGAUGCUCUGCCAAAAUGGCGGAACCUGCGUUAGCGACCCUUCCAACCAGUACAGCUGCCGCUGCCCCACACACUUCUACGGACGCCACUGCGAGAAGAAAGUAUCCGUGCUGCGCACGCCCUCAUGCCCCUAUGUUCAGUGCGCGCUUCAUUCGAGGGAUAAAGUGUGCGAUACGCAGUGUAACAACCACGAGUGUGAGUGGGACGGAGGAGACUGCUCGCUCAACUGGAAGCAGCCUUGGGUCAACUGCAACGCUAGCGUUCCUUGCUGGGAUUACUUUAAAAACGGACGUUGCGACAAGGAGUGCGACAACCCGGGUUGCCUUUUUGACAGCUUUGAGUGCCAGGAAAAUGCACCCAGCACCUGCAAGUAUGAUAAGUACUGCCCUGACCACUACGGUGACAUGGUGUGUGACAAGAGUUGCAACACAGAGGCCUGCGGUUGGGACGGCCUGGACUGCGCCGGCGAUACUCCGGCCAAAGUGAUCGAGGGCACCCUGGUUAUCGUAGUCCGCCUUCAGCCUAAAGAGCUCCUUAAGGACUUGCGUGGUUUCUUGCGCUCUCUGGGAGCUCUGCUACACACCAAUUUGAGGGUGAAACUAGAUGACAACAAGGAGCCCAUGGUGUACCCGUACUACGGGCCUGAGGAUGGCCACCAACGGUUUUUGCAAAACGGCAAAAGCAAGCGUGAGCUGGAGAGAGAGGUUAUCGGUUCUGAGGUCCACCUUCAAAUUGACAACCGGGAAUGUUCACAACAAUCCAACGAGUGUUUCUCCAACACCAAUGAAGCCGCUUCCUUCAUCGCAGCGGCACAUAUCAAGGCCGACCUGCCUUAUCCUCUCGUGUCUGUUAACAGUGACCUGACUGUUAAAGAUGAGACCACCUUCCCCAUGUACAUGAUCGGUGUUGCGUUUGUGAUCGUUCUGCUCAUUCUGGUGUUAGGGAUGCUAGCGGCCAAGAGGAAGAAUAAACAUGGUCUUCUGUGGCUGCCCGAUGGUUUCUUGGCUAAUAAGAAUGACAAGAGGAGAGAACCUGUUGGUCAAGAUGACUUUGACUUGAAAAACUUCAAGACGCAAGAUGGAACCUUGGUGGAUGGGCGUCAAGGCCAGAGGUGGCUGGACGAUGAAGUUCCAGCUAAGAUUCCAAGGAAUGAAGACAAACCCUUGCUAACAAUGUCUUCGGAUGGAGGGAUUGACCGAAGGGAGUGGACUGUCCAGCACCGCAAGGCCGCUGAUGUCAUUUUAACUCCUCCGCAAGCUGACAUGGAUAUGGACUGUCUGGAUGUCAACGUCAAGGGACCUGAUGGCUUCACCCCGCUGAUGUUGGCUUCACUCCGCAAUGGCGGAGGCCCCGACUGCUUGCUACCCGGAGACGAAGAGGAGGAGAGCGGAGGCGACGAACCUGGACCGAGCGUUAUAUCCGACCUGAUCGCACAGGGCGCUUCGCUAAUGGCCCAGACGGACCGCACCGGAGAGACUGCGCUCCAUCUGGCCGCCCGCUACGCUAGAGCGGACGCCGCUAAAAGGCUCUUGGACGCCGGCGCCGAUCCUAAUGCCCAUGACAACAUGGGCAGAACCCCACUGCAUGCUGCUGUGGCAGCGGAUGCACAGGGAGUCUUUCAGAUUCUCAUUCGCAAUCGCGCAACUGAUCUGAACGCCAAAAUGAAUGACGGCACCACUCCACUGGUAUUGGCAGCCAGGCUGGCUGUGGAGGGCAUGGUGGAAGAACUCAUCCACUGCCAUGCUGAUAUUAAUGCGGUUGAUGACCAUGGCAAGUCUGCUCUUCACUGGGCUGCGGCAGUUAACAAUGUGGAGGCCACUCUUGUGCUUUUGAAGAAUGGAGCCAACCGUGACAUGCAGGACAAUAAGGAGGAGACGCCGUUAUUCCUGGCAGCCCGAGAAGGCAGCUUUGAAGCCGCUCAAGUGCUCCUGGACCACUACUCCAAUCGCGACAUCACCGAUCACCUGGAUCGUCUUCCCAGGGACACGGCUCAAGAACGGAUGCACCACGACAUCGUGCGCCUGCUCGACCAGUACAACCUGGUUCACAGCCCCCACAGCGGCCCCAAUCACAUCGGAGGAAACUCCUCGGUGAUGUGCGGCGCCAACGGAGCCGCGUUUAUCGGCAUGCGUCCGGGACCGCAGGGGAAGAAAAGCCGGCGGGGCGGCGGCAAAAUGGGAGGCGCCGGCGGGGGUGCUAAGGACCCCAAAGACAUGAAGGCUAAGCGAAGAAAGAAGCCCGCCGGGGGUGAGGGUCCGGCCGCGGGCGGUGGCGCAGCGAGCGCGUCGGGCAGUGUCAAUGGCGUGAAAGCGGCCGGAGGUCUCCCCGAGAGCUCCGUCACCAUGUCGCCAGUCGACUCCUUGGAAUCGCCGCACUCGUAUGGAGGCGACGUAUCCGGCGCCGCCUCCGCUAACGCCAACUCGCCGCCCCUCAUGACCAGCCCCGCCACCAGACCGAUGCUGCCCCCCGUCAGCCACAUGCUCGGCCAGCAGCAGCAACAGCAAGCUUGGGUGGGCAUGAACAAACGCGGCUACGGCGGCCACAUGUUUGGCCUAGUGCCGCACCCCAUGGGGGGAAGCCACCGCGGGAUGGCGCAGCACCACGGCCAGGGUCCUAUGCUGACCCCCAUGAACGUCACCAUGAGUAGGGAGCAGCUUCCCCCUAUCGUCACCUUCCAGAUGAUGGCGCCCGGCAGAGGCCAAGCCUUGAUGAAGCAGCCCCAGCAGAGCCACGUGCAGGUGACUCAAGCCCAGCCUCAGAACCCCCAGGCGGGGCCCGGUCGCCUCCACUGCAGCCAAGCUUUGAUGUACCAGAUGCCUGAUCAGAUGAGCAUAGGGCUCUCGCACCCCAUGCACGCCAUCAACCACGGAGGACCGCUACCUUCAUACACUCCCAUGCAGAGCCCGGUGGAUAAGUACCCCACCCCGCCCUCCCAACACGGCUAUACCCCCGCCGGCUCCGAAGGCACCACCCCCGGCCACCCGGCGCACCCUCCCAGCGAGCACCCCUAUCUCACACCUUCGCCCGAAUCCCCGGACCCCUGGUCGUCGUCCUCGCCGCACUCCAACUCGGACUGGUCCGACGUCACCACCAGCCCCACCCCCCUGGGGAACGGCCACCACGCACUGCCCUCCGCACGCCACACACACAUUCCCGAGCAGGCGCAGCUGCCGCCGCCCUCACAGCCCGCGCAACAGGGGACCCCUCAGCCGGCCCUGGGGAGCAGGCAGGUGUUCGCGUAG